AUGAGUACUUAUAAUAAUAAUAAUAAUGAAAUUAAACAUAUUAGUAAUAAAUGGAUAUUUGAAAAAGAAGAUUUAGUAAUUGAAUCACGUGUUAUUACUGGUACAAUUCCAGAGGAUAUUUUAAUUUUCGUAAAUGGUCAACCAACUAAACGUGUUGUAUUUGAAGGUACUUCAUUGGUUUGUUCAUUUUCAUAUAAGAAUGAUAGAUUUACAAUUACACCACCACAUGUUUUAAGUAAAGAUUCUCAACGUCGUCUCUAUAGAAAUGGUGUUGAUGUUUUAACUGGUGAACAAUUUGAAUAUAGUCAACAAAAAUACGUUUUAAAGAUAGUAGCUGCUUCAACUUUAAUGAUACCAUUAUUCCCAUUAAUUGUUGCUAAAGCUAUUAUGGUACACAAAGAUAAAGUUAUUCAUGUUACAAAAGAUUUCAGUAAAAGUAAUAAUGAUAAUAUACUAUAUCAACAAACAAAGUUUGUUUUUGUAGAUAAAAAAUUCAAUUUCCUUCAACCAACUUCUGAUAAUGAAAGUUUUAAUAAUACAAAUAAUAUUUUCAAUAAUAAUAGUAAUAAUAAUAAUAAUAGUAAUAAUAAUGAUGCUAAUUCAAUUAAUUAUAUUGAUAGUAAAUAA